AUGAAUAGGCACCAGUUACGGAGGCAGGUAGUAGAUAGACAGCCAGUAUUUUUGCCGUAUGUAAAGGGAGUGACGGAUAAGGUCUCAAAUAUCUUAAAAAAGUAUUCAAUUAAAACUAUCUUCACUCCUUUGAAAAGGGUAUCACAAUGUCUACGAUCGCCCAAAGAUAGUUUUCCGUUGGAAAAACCUGGUGUUUACAAAAUCGACUGCAGUUGUGGUAGUUCAUAUAUCGGCCAAACAAAGCGCACAAUAGCAUGCCGUAUAAAGGAGCACAUAAAAGCGGUCAAAAACAACGAUACGCAAAAAUCGGCCAUCGCUGAACACUUGAUACAUUCGGGCACAAAUCACUGGAUCGAGUUGCAUAAUCCUCAGAUUAUCUCGACAGAACGCCACUACAUACCGAGAAUGGUCAGGGAAGCGAUUGAAAUUACCAAACACAAAAAUUUCAAUCGUGAGGAUGGGUUUAAACUGUCGAGUGUCUGGAGUCCAGUGGUUCGUUUGUGUCGGGACAACGGAAAACGUAAAAGUGCCGUUUCACGAAUGGAUACAGUGAGUGUCGUGUGUCGAGAACAGGUUCGAGUGAGUGGUGGGUUUGCAGACAAUGGUACCGGUAUCGAGCUGAAGUGCCGUGACGCGAACGUAAUACCAGUAUGUGUAAGGAUAAGACCCCGCAGUGACAUUUACGGUUCCGCAAACGUUCUACGAAGUGCGAGUGUUAAACUAUUACGAAAAGUGAUACGUAAUUGUAGGUACCAACUUGAUGAAGUUCAGAGUGAGUUGUAUCGAUUACAUCUCGAGUGCAGUGCGACUCUUUCGACCAGUGAAUUUGACAUUUGCGAUCGUGUCACCUUCUUGCAAGUUCAACGUAUAAGAGAACUACGUGCGUUGAAACAACAUCGUAAAUUCGAGUUACUUAUACAAAAACAAAAGUUGGUUAGACCCUACUGUGAGAACUCACACCAAACUCGAACGGUGGUAAAUAUGUCAAAUGUCGAAUUGUCCGACGCUGCACUGUCAGUUCUCGAAAGAGGGAUGAAUUUUGCCAUCACACCCAGACACAUUCCCUACGAGAAUGUAAUCGGAUCGGUCGAGGAAGGUAUCAGACGUAACAAAAUACCAUCAAUAGAUGCGGACAUUAUGAGACAAGAUAUCGCCGUGACAUUACGUCAUGCGAAACCACCAAGGCCGAACGUUACUGUUUCAGAAUUGGCUGCUCUAAAGGAACUACGGAGAGAUCAAAAUAUAAUAGUGUUAAAGGCGGACAAAGGGAAUGCAACCGUGGUAUUGAACACCACUGAUUAUGAUAAUAAGAUCUCAAAUCUACUCAGUGAUGAUAAUACAUACAAAAAGGUAAAUUACGACCCAACAGCGAGAACAAAUCGGAGCACACGCAAACUAAUAAAGGAAUGUUCUCACGUACUAGACGACGAUACUGUCAAAUAUUUGCUACGCCCUAGGAACGUCCAGCCGCCUAAACUAUACGGCCUGCCGAAGAUACAUAAGCAUAACGUGCCAUUACGGCCCAUUGUGAGUCAAAUAGGCUCACCAACAUACGAAUUGGCGAAGCACGUGUCAAAUGUACUACAGCCGUUAGUAGGACAAACGUCGUCAUACAUUAGGGACUCCCGCCAUCUAGUGGACAUUUUGUCACAUAAUAAGGUUGAGGAGAAUGAGUUAAUGGUCAGUUUCGAUGUAGAAUCGCUCUUCACCAAUGUACCAGUGACGGAGUGUCUUGAAAUGAUUAAGGUCAAGUUACGAAACAACGAUAUCCCGAUGGAAUAUGCCACUUUAUUGCAUCACUGUUUGUCGAAGAACUACUUCAUAUACAGAGGUCAGUACUACCUUCAGGUAGAUGGGGUGGCUAUGGGCAGUCCAGUAGCUCCAGUGGUAGCCAACCUUUGGAUGGAACAUGUGGAAGAACAAGCCCUGGCGACUGCACCUGCCGAAACCAAACUAUGGAAGAGGUACGUUGAUGAUGUUUUUUUGCAUAGUGAAGGGAAACAAACGAGACGUUGA